AUGCCAGUCUCUUUUGACACAACGACAACCCCAGACCUGCCAUGGCAUUACAUACCAGCUGGACAGGAAACAUGCAAAGUCCACCUCAUACAAGCUGGCGGGCUCGCGAUUCCGGAAAACAUGGCCUUGCUUCCUGGCCCAGAUAAACCUAAUGAUUCCAGCCAGCAAGCUAAAGAUGAUGAUAAGCCCAAGAAGUAUUACGCUCCGGACUACGUCUUCCUCAUCGAGCACACACCUACCGGUGACAAGUACCUCUUCGAUCUAGGCAUCAGAAAGGAUCUUGAGAACUUACCUCCGUUGAUCUUCAAACAUGUUCUACCAGAGUUUGACUGCGAACCAAAGUCACCAGCAGAAAUUCUGAAAGAUCACGGCACAGCAGAGCAGCAGCCCGAAAAUAUCAAAGCAGUGAUAUUCUCGCACAUGCACUUCGAUCAUGUCGGUGAUGGGGCGAAGGCUGGAUUCGGGAACGCAGAGCUGUGGGUCGGGCCUACGUGCUGUACUUACGCGAGACCUGGAUACCCUGUGGAAGAAGAGGCACCAACACUAAGUGAGACCUUGCCUACGGACGGGAGCAGGAAGAUCGUAGAGACGUUCGUCCCAGACGAGCUUCUUAAGAAUGCAGGAGAUAAGAGAGCGGGGAAGGUCAUGGAAGGCCUCCGAAAGGGACUUUAUAACGCCGUUGCCUUGAAGAAGGCAGACUGGAUUGGCCUUGGGUCGUUCGACCGGGCGUUCGAUGUAUUUGACGAUGGCUCAGCUUAUCUGAUUGAUGCACCUGGCCAUUCACCAGGGCACCAGAUGAUGCUCGUUAGAACGACGGCUAGUUCUGGAGACGACACGUUUGUCCUGCUGGCUGGCGAUUGCUUCCACCACCCAGACAUAUUGAAAGAGCCACGAAGAACUGCUCGCCCGCCAUACUCAAAGACGGGUAUGCACGCAGACCCUGAGCAAGCACUAGACACCAUCUACCGAACCAAGGCGUUUGCUGUGAAAGACAACAUCUGGGUUAUUGCAGCGCACGAUUUCAGCGUGGGCCAGAGCAUCGAACCGGGCGUGAAGGAGAUACAAGGCCUUGUAUCGAUCAAUGACUGGCGAGAAAAGAAGUGGAAGAAGUCAUUACACGAGAAGCUGUAG